AUGUCAAGUAACGGGAAUGAAACUGUUGAAAAUCAGAGCAGCAGCUGUAACAGCAGCAGCUGUAACAGCAACGGAAGCAGCAGCAGCGGCUCCAACACGGAACCGAUACAGUUGAUGUUGAACAGUCGCAACGUGUCCACGGAGCAGGCAAUAAUCGGUGUACCGCCGUCGCCCACAAUGCAACCGAAUCUAUUUAAAAAGACAACAACACAAACUGCAAUGCGACGCAAUCACAGCGACGGCAACCUGAUGGCCCAGGACGUGAAGGAGGCACGUGUCCGUGUCAUUUAUACGGGCGGCACCAUUGGCAUGAUGCGCAACGAGCGCAACGUGCUUGCGCCGAUUCCGAAAGCUUUGGUGCGUCUCAUCCGUAAAUAUCCAAAUAUCCAUGAUGAGGAGUAUGCACAGCGUCGGUUUGGCGCCGGCGCCUCAAUGGCGCCACUGGUGCUGCCAUAUGUCCAGGGCGAGGAGAGACGCGUCCUCUACCAGGUGACCGAAUAUGAGCCGCUCCUCGACUCCAGCAACAUGACCAUGCACGAUUGGGCGCGUAUUGCCAACGAUAUACACCAAUCGUACGAGUUCUUUGAUGGCUUCGUGGUGCUCCAUGGCACGGAUACGUUGUCCUAUACGGCAUCGGCGCUAUCCUUUAUGCUGGAGAAUCUGGGCAAAACGGUGAUCAUAACAGGCUCACAGCUGCCCAUCUUUGAGACGCGCACGGAUGGCAAGGAUAACUUUACAUCGGCACUGAUUAUCGCUGGCAACUAUGUAAUACCCGAGGUGUGCAUCUUCUUUGGAAAUAAGCUGCUCCGCGGCAAUCGCACCGUGAAAUUCAGCUCCAAUUCGCUGGAUGCGUUCAAUUCACCAAAUGUGCCGCCGCUGGCAAAGAUUGGCAUCAAUGUGAAUGUCGACUAUCGCCUGAUCUUUCGUCCAUGCAGCGUGGAGCGUUUCGGUGUCCAUUUGCAUAUGGACGAGAAUGUUGGGCUGUUGCGAAUCUUUCCCAGCAUUUCGCUGGCCACAUUUUGUGCAUUUCUGGCCCCGCCCAUGAAGGGUGUUGUACUCCAAUCAUUUGGCUCGGGCAACAUGCCCUCAAACCGCACAGACCUCAUCGAUGAGCUGAAGGCGGCCGCCGAGCGCGGUGUCCUCAUCAUCAAUUGCACCCAGUGCCCGAAUGGCUCCGUUGCCGAAAUCUAUCACACGGGCAAAGUCCUCUUCGAUGUGGGCGUUAUACCCGGCUACGAUAUGACGCCCGAGGCAGCCCUCACCAAGCUCUCCUAUGUGAUUGGAAAGACCGACUGGUCGCUGGAAGUCAAGAAGCAGAUGAUGCAAUCGAAUCUGAGGGGCGAGCUGACAUCGGUAGCAGCGCCCAAGAUGGAUGACUAUGAUUUGGUCGAUGCUGUUGCCCGCUCGCUGCAUCUGUCAUCGCCCCAGGAACUGGAUCAACUGGGUGCCACACUAUUUCCGGCGAUGAUCAAUGCCGCCGUUGCCGAGGGUGACAUCAAAAAGAUCAACAAUCUCAAGGCAUACGGUGCCGAUUUGUCCGGAUCUAAUCAUGACAAUCGCACCGCAUUGCAUCUGGCCUGCCAGAUGGGCGAUAUGCGGAUGGUGCAAUUCUUACUCCAGAAUGGCGUCUCGGUGCAUAUACGGGAUCGGUAUGAUCGGACGCCACUGCAGGAGGCUGUGUCUAUGGAUAGCCAUGAGAUUAUCCAGCUGCUAAUCAGUUGUGGCGCCCAUUUGACCGGCUCCUCUCGUGCCGUUGGCGAGCAACUAUGCGCCGCUGCUUCACGUGGCGCACUGCAGCGCAUUCAAUCGUAUCAGCUGGCGGGGGCGGAUCUGUCACAGCCGGAUCCAUCUGGACGCACCGCGCUGCAUGUGGCGGCACUGCAUGGCUUUAUCGAGCUGGUGCAUUAUCUACUGCCCUAUAUGGAGAGUAGCGACACGAAGGAUAUGCUCGGACUGAUGCCCAAGGACUAUGCUGCUCGUGGCAACCAUCAGGAUAUUGUCGAAUUGCUCAAGACAGCUGUGCCGAAUGCCUAAUCCGAUGGCAUUCCAUUCUAUGUCGCGUCAGCCUACUUAAAGUUGUUCGUUACCAGUGUAUGUAUCUCUAUCCCCUUAUCUCCUUAUCCCUGCCUCUGAUUCAUCUGGUCAUCGUUGAGCAGUGUUGUCCAGAGGCUACUUGCAACGACUCUUGUUCCUAAGCCCAAAGAAGUGAAAUGUUUGAAUCGUAUUUUAAUGCUGGCAUUUAUGUAUUUGAUGUUUUUAAUGUUUUGCACGAAUUCUCAUAUACACUCGAAUUCAAAUGGUUUUUAAUAAAGAGGUUAUAUAUAAAUAUA